UUGGACUUACUUAUAAGAGUCGGGAAGGGGACCAGGGUUGGGCCUGCCAGAGCAAGUCGUUGAGUCCACCUCUCUCCCUCCUCUUCACUCACUCCCCUUGAGCUCGCUUCCAAUCCUCUGGCGAUCAUCAUGAGCCCCCCUUCUCCAACCAAAAGCGAACUCCUUCCCUCCGAGGAAGAAGGCAAAGGCGAAGUCUCUCUCCACCCUUACCUCCCCGACUCUACCACUCCCUCGCAGACCGAAGGCAAUGGCGAAGUUCUGAUUCGCAAAGCUGACAGCAAUGAGAAUGUUGAUGAGGCAUACACCUUGGCGGGAGAUGUAGCCGUUUCCUAUACUGAAGAGGAGGAGAAGAGGGUUAGGCGAAAGUGCGAUAUGAUCGUCCUGCCCAUCUUGGCUUCUGUCUACUUUUCGCAAUUUCUGGACAAGACAUUGCUCAACUAUGCCAGUAUCACCGGCCUGCCCAUCACCGGCACACACUACAACCAAGUCAGCGCUGCCUUCUACUAUGGCUUCUUGGCUUGUGUGUACAUCCAGACGUACUUUGCACGAAAGUUCAACCCGACAAUCUACCUCGGGUGCAACGUCGUCCUCUGGUCGAUUGUGCUAGCCUGUCACGCUGCUGCUCCGCGCUUCGCACCCUUCUUUGCGCUGCGCUUCUUACUCGGUGCCUUUGAGAGCGUUGUCGCACCCACUCUCAUCACCACCGUUGCCGCCUUUUACCCCAAGCGCGAGCAGGCUUCACGGAUCGCAAGUUUCUACAUGUGCAAUGGCUUGACGCAGAUGUUUGGACCACUAGUUGCCUUUGGCACGACCUAUUACUCGGGUGCAGGUCUAGGAGGUACGGGCUCCGCAUGGAAGCUCCUUUACAUCGUCUUUGGAGCUGCCGCCUUCGUCGUGGGCGUCUGUGUCAUCCUCUUCCUACCUGCCUCACCUGCGCAUGCUCGAUUCCUCGACGAUAGGGAGAAGCGAGUGGCCCUAGAGAGGAUUCGAGACAAUAGCUCCGGAACGGUCGUCAAGGGAUGGAAGUUGUAUCAGAUCAAGGAUGCGGUUACGGAUCCCAAGCUGUAUCUGGCUCUUGCCUUUACGCUCUUCUCCUCUGUGCCAAAUGGAGCCCUUAGCUCCUUCAGCAGUCUGAUCAUCAAGCAAUUUGGCUACACCAGUCGUCAGACGCUGCUGCUGAGUAUCCCAGGCGGUUUCGUCGCCAGUUGCUUCACAAUCGGUAUCUCCAUCCUCUCUGACCGCACCUCCGAGCGGAUCCUCCCCGCCAUCAUCUGCAUCGUCCCCGCCGUCAUCGGUCUAGCCAUCCUAGUCGGUCUGGGAACCGAUGCGAAGCACCAUCGUCCCACAGCCAUCUUUGCCACUAUCAUCAUCCAGACCUUUGGAAGCGCCCUUUCCCUGGUGUAUGCCUGGCUGGCAACGAACAUGGGUGGAACGUCCAAGAAGCAGGUGGCGACUUUCACGAAUAUGUUCGUCUUUUCUGUAGGAAACAUCAUUGGCUCCUACGUCUUCACCGCCCCAACCGCCCCUGCGUACGUCCCAGGCAAGACCGCCGUAAUGAUCUGUCUCAUCAUCGCAAUCUGCCUCUGCAUUGCCCUCCGCUUCUACACUGCCUAUGAGCAGCGCAGAAAGAAUCGUCAGCUAGCGCAACUCAGGGAGGAGAAGGGUUGGACCGAUGAGGAUGUGGCGAGGGAGAAGGACGCGGCUGCUUUCAAGGACAUGACGGAUAGGGAGAAUGUGCAUUUCAGGUAUAUGAGUUGAGAGACUUGCUCGGUCCUUUUCCUGGCGAGGCCAGAUG